GCGAGAUCUCUGUCUCUCUCCAGCUUAUCCCUCAUAUAUCGCGAGAGCGAAGUGACUUGCGUGAAAUUAUCCUGUGUCGGUGCCUGAGGUUAACCAGCUACCAUGGGGAACAUUUUUGGCAACCUUCUAAAGAGCCUCAUUGGGAAAAAGGAGAUGCGGAUUUUGAUGGUCGGGCUGGAUGCAGCUGGAAAGACCACGAUCUUGUACAAGCUUAAGCUGGGAGAGAUAGUCACUACUAUUCCUACUAUUGGUUUUAAUGUGGAGACUGUAGAGUACAAGAAUAUCAGCUUUACAGUGUGGGAUGUUGGUGGCCAGGACAAAAUCCGACCUCUGUGGCGUCACUACUUUCAGAACACACAAGGUCUGAUCUUCGUGGUGGACAGCAAUGACCGUGAGCGAGUGAACGAAGCCAGAGAAGAGCUGAUGAGGAUGCUGGCUGAGGAUGAACUGAGAGAUGCUGUACUCCUCGUCUUUGCCAACAAGCAGGAUCUGCCAAAUGCCAUGAAUGCUGCAGAAAUCACAGAUAAGCUUGGUCUCCACUCCCUACGUCAUCGUAACUGGUAUAUCCAAGCCACUUGCGCCACCAGUGGAGAUGGUCUAUAUGAGGGUUUGGAUUGGCUGGCCAACCAACUCAAGAACAAGAAAUGAGGAAAUCUGGAUCUAGGCAAUACCGGUAGGAGCGGAGCACCUGAGUGGAAGCUCAUCAGGGAGCACCAAUGGUUUCCAAGUUUCUUUCAUUCUGUUUACAAGCUGAGGCCAAUGGGAGUUGGGUCAUCCCAGACAGUGUAUCCCCUCACUACACCCUAAAUAACAGAUCUGUGAGAUGAUUGGGGUGGAACCCGUGAUUCAUGCUCAUAUUUACUAGCAACGAUAGAUAGAUAGAUUCUCAUGUGAUUCAAACAUCUCAGUUUCUCGUGUCUGUACACUGUAAAUGUAUAAAAGACAGCAACUGGGAGCGAAUGAAAAGCUUUUACUUAUAUGACUACUAUGGGAGUAACUCUUAAAUGCAGGUCAUUUAAACUACAUUAACUGCACUGAUAGAUGAGAAACCUGUUGAUUCAGUUUCCUGAAAUAUUUAAAUAAAAUCAAGUGAAAUAAUAUUAGGAAAAAAAGUUUUUUUGCUACAGUGGUGUUGUUUUGCUACUGAAAAGUAAAUAGAAUUGCAUUGUAAGUUAUUAUUAGCAUUUCAGCCAGACUUCAUGACUGUCAGUGUUACAGAGUGGUUGUGAUGCUCUUAUUGCAUGUAUCUACACAAUAAAUGUCAAAGUAUACUUAGUGUUUUACAUGUACAGAUGCAAUGCUUUUCAAGUAAACUCCAUAUAAUAGUGUGCUAACACAGGCUCCUGUGUUUAUCCCUCACACAACAGCUUGUCAAUGUGAGUGUCUGUCUUUGUCUUCGGUAGUUUGUUGUUCUGCCUUAUCUGUUUCUUUUCCAAAUGUUUUCAGUGUUAACACCUUGUGGCCAAAUCUCAUAUGGCACACUUCUGGUAAACAAAUGAACAUACAGUAUCUUAUUCUUUGAUUUAGCUUUCCGAAAAUGGGGUUAACAUGUUAACAAAGGUUCGGCGGCAAAACCACGCCUUACUUUGUCUCCUUAACCAAUCACCUACUUUCUAAAACUUAUUUGAGGCAGAUCAGCCCUCUAGCGUUUUUCUUCUCAUUCUUUCGGACCCAGUCUAACUCCUUCCAUUUCCUCACUUCCCAUUCCCAUACAAUCCUAAAACCCUCUCUUCACUUUUAGGUUGAAUUGGGGGGUCCAAUCACUCUACCAAAAUAUUACAGAGACGGUACCCCCACUCUGAGUCUUUGGUCAUCAUCGUAGGAUGCCCGAUUAACCUACCUAACUGUUCACGGUUUAUCCUCUUACUUCCGUUUCCCUUCAUCCCACUGUUCUCUAACCAUCCCCUUCAUCCCUACAUCCUUACAAUAAAGUCUAGAAGUGUGGCAUGGUCCAUGCCGAUGAAGUUGCUUAUAAAUGCUUAUAAAGUUCAACACACUUUCGACAAACACUUCUGUUGUUUUUGUCAAACAGAGCUCUCGCAAGCACCCUUCUGAAGGCUAAAAUAAUGUAUGUGACACCCUAUGAUGUUAAGGAUAGGACUUAACAGAUAUGCAUACAUGAUGGCCAUUGUAAAACCACAAGACUGUGAGUGCACAUGAUGUGUACCAAUUGGGAAUGGGUCUGAGGCACGGAUUGAGCAAACUUUUACUUGACAUUAAAAUCUUUGAAACAUCACAAAAUUGGGGACUCAGUGAGAGACUGCGAGGGGUUAUGAUGCUAUUUGGGCUGGAAUUUGAUAUUAAAACAUCAAAUAGUGGGUUCUUAUGAAAACUAAAAUGAUGAAUGGGACACCAUACUGUCUUAUGGACUUAACGGACAUGCACACAUGGUUUAAAGUGGACCUGAAUUGGUCCGUUUGCAAUUAAGCCUGAGCCGAGCUUCUGCCCAUUAUUAAAACCUGUCUUAUGUCACAAAAGUAUGGACUCAGAGAAAGACUGCAGAGGUUUAGGAUUGGCCUUCAGGACAGACUUGGCAGAAGUGCACCUCAAGGGCAUAUUGUGGCUGUUUGUGAGCACACUUAUGAAAGCCUGAAUGAAGAAUGAGACACCCUACAGUCUUGUAGACUUACCAGACACAAAGUCCUUAAGUCCCCUAAGCAAACAUGAACUGUGCCAAUUGGGAUUGGGCCUGAGACACAGUCUCAGAGCAGACCGCUACCCAACAGUCAGAAGGGCAUAAAGCCGCCUCAAAGAGAUGUGUUUUUGAGUGCCUUUCUGAAAGCAGAAAUUAUGAACUGGACACCCUACGGUCUCAUGGACUUAACAGACACAGAAUCCUUAAGUCUGCAAAAUCCCAAUUUGGAACUGAGCCGGGGACAUUCUCUGACUCAGAGGAAGACUGCAAGAGUUUGGAGUGCUAUUUGAGAUUGGGUAUCAGUGCAGACCCAUAGAGAGCUAAUUGUGAUCACCUCAUGUUCUAAAACCUCAUGGUCCUAACAGACAGACAAUAUGACGAUCCAAGAAGUGUAGAAGAGAUCCAGAUAUUCCUCUCAUUGGUAGCCUAGGACUGGAUCUUAAUGGGACAACCCAGAAAGACUUUUGUUUUCAGGAAGCCAAGGCAGUAAAGGUGGCAAAACUAUAACGAUAAUGGGGUACAUGCACAGCUAAAGUUUUUCAGCCACCAAUAAACUUCCAGUGAAAGGUUUAUGAGAGGUCAGGAGCAGCAGGCAAGUGUAUGUCGCAGAACAGUUGAAUUUAAUGCAGUGCUUCUUGUCCGGUCUGAAACCGACUUUAUAUCGUAUAUCAAUCAGGCAGUAAAGAUCAUUGAUUUUUAAAGAAACCAGAUCUUAAACUUCGAUUUUGUAAUGGCAUGGCAGUUCCUCGGAAGCGCUUGAGCUGGCUUACUGAAAAUUUAAAGUCCUUGUGCGCAUACCCCAUCCCACCCAAUUUAAGUGGUACUAAACUGCAGUGGAAAUGCUAACCGGUGCCUACCAAAACUGAAGCGAAUCAGACUGUGCAGUGAAAAAGAGGCUAAAGACCUUGUGUCUGCAAGACCCCAAAUUAACAUCGGGGGCUCUAUUUUGAUGAUCCAUGCGCAAAGUCCAAAGCGCAGGGCGCAAACGCAUUAAG